AUGGUUUUGGGUAUAAAGAAGGAUUCAACCACUAAUGUGUUACUGGUUGGUAACAAUCCAAAUAUAUUAUUCUAUACAUCUAGAUUCCAACAAGGUAAAUCAAUUGAAUUAUAUCAUAUUAGUGACUCGAAGUCUAAUAUUUAUGAUAUUGAAACAAAGACAUAUGGUAAUCACCAUCUGGAGAUUGAUAACCAUUUCACCUCAAUUGCUCAUUUGAUUGAAGCGCUUGGUGAAUUGGAUGAAACAAAGGAACUUAAAUUAGAUUUAAUUAUCUUAAGUGUGAACUCGUUAAAGGAUUUAUCUGCUAUUCCUGAACAAUUGAAACCUCUACUAUCAAAGAAAACUAAGAUAGUCAUAGAGAGUAGUGGAUUUAUUCAAUUAGAAUCAUUUUUAAAAAAUGCAAAAGAAGUGACUGGUUUAGACGUUUUUGCCAUGAUGACAGAUUAUGAUAUUCGUCAGGUAGCUAACAAUCACAUUAAAGAAUUCACCAGCAAUGAUGAUAAAAAGAAGAAUAUAUAUAUUGGUGGUAAGACUGCCAAUACAUCUACUACUAAGAAAAUGAAGACUCUGUCUCUAAAGGAUCCAUCCAAAUAUUCAUCAGAUGUUAUGAAGUCUCUAAAUUCAUUACAAACUUUAUUCCAAGAUUUAUUCCCAUCAGACACAAUCUCUAAUUGUCAUAAAUCAUAUUCUGAUUUUCUCUCAACGCAAUGGAACUUGGCCAUCCCUAAAAUAUGUCUAGAUCCAUUAUUGAUUAUAUUCGAAGAAACCAAUUCUAAAAAAUUGGUAGAUCAAGUGUUAGCUAAGCCACUAAUUUCAGGUAUUAUUACUGAAUUAAUAACUAUAAGUAAGAAUAUGAAUGUGAAGCUGGAUCCAAAUAUGGAGAAUGAAAAUAAAUUAAUCAACACAUGGUUGAAAGAAUACAAUAAUGAGAAAAUUCCUUCCCUUUUGUACAACUUUGUCCAACGUACUUCUGAAUUAAAUCUGGAUCUUUUAAUAUUACAACCUAUUUUAUUGGCCGAUGACUUUAACAUUAAGACACCAUAUUUAGAAUUCUUAUACACAAUCAUGUGCCAAAUGGAAAAGUUAAAUAAUGAUUCAUCAGAAUGGUUUGUUCGUGCUGAACAAGUCCAAAGUUAUAAACAACAAUUAGUCACCAUGACUAAAUCAAGAGAUCAAUAUAGUAGUAACUGUAAAAACAUAACUUUAGAUCUGGAGAAGAAUACCACCGAAUUAAACGAAUUGAGAAAUAACGAUACAUAUUUAAAGAAUCAGUUAGCAAUUAGAGAAACUGAGACAAAUAAAUUAAAGGACGAAUAUGAGAUCAUCCUACAAGAAAAGAAUAAAGAAAUAGAAUAUUUGAAAAGUUCAAUAGCAAAUCCAUCCACCGAGAAUGGCAACACAAGGACCAUGGAUUCUCCUCUCAGUAAUCAACUUGUUGAUAAUGAUAACGACGAAUUUAAAAGUAUUCAUGAGGAUUCAGAUAUGUUAAUGGAUGGUGAUAGUUCUGCAUUAGCCAACAGUAGUACAAUGGAUGCCGACAGAUCCUUUAACUCAAGAGAACAAGCCUUAUUACAAAGAGAAAAAGAACUCCAAGAACGUCAAGAGGCUUUCGAUAGACGUCUUGCUUCACAACAACGUUCUCCACAAUUUCAAUCGCCUUUGCAAUAUCCUACACAACUUCAAGCAUCACCAGCUUUAUAUCAUAAUACUGCAUUCUCGGCUCAACCAACAAAGCAUAACCUACCACACAUAAGGACUAUGACUCCACCAGAAAAGUCUGUUCCAGUAUUCAGUCCGUACGGUAAUAAUAGAUCCGGUAGUAACACACCAACAAUGACAGUCGACAAAUUCAUUGAUCCAAUAUCUUCUGGUAAUCUUGAAAUGAAUUCAUCAUUCGAAAACCCAGAUAUGAGAUCUCAUCCUAUUGUAAGAACAAAUAGAAAAAAUAGAAUGAAUAGAAAUACAACCUUAGGGAAUGCAUCUAGUACCAGUUUAGUUGCUGCAGUGAAUCAAAUGUCAAAUAAUAGUUAUAUGCAAGAUAGAUCCUUCUCAGGCAACAGUACUAUGAUGAACACAUCUGGAACAAGUCUAAAUAUGAUGAAAUCUAAAAAUAAUGCUGGCAUAGAUAUGCCAAGACCAACAAAAUUGCACAACUUUACUGGUUCUCCUGAUUUAUAUACACCAACAAAACCAAAUAAACCCGAUAUGUUUAAGGAUUCUUCUGCUAAUGAUACGACAGUUUCCAGUGACAAUGUUGCUUUCAAAAAACCUGUUAUGCAAUUUGGCUUAGGAAUUCAUUCUCAAACCGAAUUAGUUACGCCAUUAGAUAAGACCACCGUUCCUACCAACAUGGAACCAACACCAUUUGAUGGGUCUCAUAACGAGUCGAAAGAAGAUAUUUCCAAUGACAUCGAAGAAAUUGAGGCAAAUACAUCUAAGGACAGUACCAAGAAGAAAAAAUUAAAAUUUGGUUUGUUUGGGAAAAAAAAAAAUAAGGACAAGAAAUAA